AUUUGUUUUCUCCAUUUCCCUUUUCCAAGUAAUCACUUCAAAGGAUAUUAUGCUCUGCUUCGUCACCAUAGUAGCAGAAAAAAGAGUAGUUCUUUUCUUUCUCUUUUUGUUGUCAAGUUGAAAAGGUCAAGGCAGCUAAUCAAUUACACUCGGAUUAUGUCCCUCAUUAUCAAUCACUUUAGUGAUAUCAUCACUAGCAAAGAUCACGCGCCAAGGUGACUGAACAUAUAAACGACUAUUCAAUUAGUCAUUUGUCAUUCUUAAAGAUCUUCAACUACCAUCUUAUUCACACAUUAAUAGAUAGAUAUGGAAGGGCAGGAUAGCACAAACAAUAUGGCUUUCUCAGGAGUUCUUUUCAUUCUUUGCUCCAUUGCCAUUCAUUUUGUGGCUCCUGCCAUAGCCCAACCUAAAAUGGUAUACCAUGAUUGUGUCGAACAACAGCCUAACUAUUCCAGUAAUAGUAUCUACCAGGCAAACCUCAAUCGCCUCCUCACUUCCAUCUACACCAACACCCAGAUAAACACCGGCUUCUACAAUUUCCCUUAUGGAGAAGACCCUGACAAAGUUUACGCAAUUGCUCUGUGCAGGCCUGAUGUUAGCUCUGGCACUUGCCUCACCUGUAUAAAAAAUGCCAGUGAUUCCCUCCUAACUCUUUGUCCGAAUUUUAAGGAGGCGAUUGGAGGGCAAGAUGAAUGUAUGGUACGAUACACAUUCCGUUCCAUUUUCAACCUAAUGGAAACUGUUCCUCGUUUUUUUGUGAAUAGCAUGAACAAUGUAUCUGAUGUAAGAGAAUUCAAUAAGUCGCGUAUCGACUUGUUAAGCAGCCUAUGGAAUGAAGCUGCAGAUUCUGGUCGUAACUAUGCAAUGGGGAGCAAUUCUACGCCCGACGGUCAAACGAUUUAAGCGCUUGUACAGUGCACUCCUGAUAUAUCAAAGUCUGACUGUAUAAAUUGCCUAAAUAAUGCUUCUUUAUAUAUUCCAGAAUGUUGUGAGAAUAGAAGUGGAGGACGAGUUAUUUUAGCAAGCUGUAAUUUUAGAUAUGAGAUUGAUCGUUUCUACACUCCAAUUAUUCCACCGCCGCCACCCCCUCCAGAAAAGCGUAUUGUUGUCAUCGUUACUGUCACAGUAGCUGCUUCUGCAAUAAUUACAAUUUGCAUCUGCAUCUUUUUGAGAACAAGGAAGAAGAAGUUCGAACCUCUUUAUGAAAUUGAAGAAGUGGAAUCCUUGCAAUUUGAUUUUGGCACUGUCAGAACGGCAACGGAUAACUUCUCUGAAGCAAAUAAGCUUGGGCAAGGUGGAUUCGGUGCUGUAUAUAAGGGUAGGCUUCCUAACGGACAAGAUAUAGCCGUGAAGAGGUUGUCUAGGGAAUCAGGACAGGGAGAACUAGAAUUUAAGAAUGAGGUGAUAUUGGUGGCCAAGCUUCAGCAUAGGAAUUUGGUUAGGCUACUGGGUUUCUGCGUUGAAAAAGAAGAAAGGCUUCUCAUCUAUGAGUUUCUGCCCAACUCAAGCCUCGAUAAAUUCAUAUUUGAUCCAAUCAAGCGGGUGAAUUUGGACUGGGAUACGCGUUAUAAAAUCAUCUUCGGCAUAGCUAGGGGUCUCCUUUACCUCCAUGAAGAUUCUCGACUUCGGAUUAUUCACCGUGAUUUAAAAGCUAGUAACAUUUUGUUAGAUGAUGAGAUGAAUCCCAAAAUUGCAGAUUUUGGCAUGGCAAGAUUGUUCGCACUUGACCAAACGCAAGAAGAUACUAGUAAAAUUGUGGGGACCUUAGGAUAUAUAGCUCCAGAAUUUGUGAGGCGUGGACACUUCUCUGUCAAGUCAGAUGUAUUUAGCUUUGGUGUCUUAAUUUUAGAAAUCGCAAGCGGUCAAAAGAAUAAUGACUUCCGUAUUGGAGAGGAAGAAGAAGAUCUUCGAACCUAUGCCUGGAGAAACUGGAAUGAAGGAACUGCUCUGAAUCUGAUAGAUCCAGCGUUGACCGUUGGCUCGAGAAGUGAAAUGUUGAGAUGCAUUCACAUUGGAUUACUGUGUGUUCAAGAAAAUGAAACUGAACGACCAACAAUGGCUCAAAUUAUUACGCUGCUCAGUAGCCACUCCGUUACUCUGGCAGUUCCCCUCAGACCUGCAUUUUUUAUGCAUGGUGAAUUAAGGAUGGGGACACAAUCUUCAUCAGAAAAUAAUGGGUCCAGAAAUGAAAUGUCGAUCUCCGAUCUGUACCCGCGAUAGUAUUUGAUGAAUUUUAAAUUGACAAUUAGAAGAACUCAUGUUAUGACCA